AUGCAAGGCCUCUUCGUUCUCCUCAUAGGGAUAUUGUCCGUCGUAGCGGCGUCUCCAAAGUUCCCCUCAACGCCAAUUCAAAAUCCUUCAGCGCUGUCGCCGUCAUCUUCCUCAGGCAUAUGGAAAAGAGGCGGGUUGUCCGCAAUACAGAGCUACCUUAUCACAGCACAAUUGAGCCUGGUGGAAAGAGGGGGAAAUGUGUAUGAUGCUCUCACUGGCUUAUUGCUGGACAAGCGACUUGGACCAGAGAAUCACGAUGAAGUUCAGAAGAAAGAAGAUCAUAAUAUCGAUGGCGGCCACCACGGCGCGAGCCAGACAAGCGAUGCCACGGAAAUAAGCCAUGAAACGGACAGUAUGACCAUGAUCACUGGCCAGGUAACUUCAACAAAUUCCUCAACCUUUGCCGAAGCAAGCUCCAAUUCCAGUACCUCCGGUGUCCCAGCGGCUACUUCGACUAGCCCUGCUUCCACGGACGACGAGACAGAUGUACCACAUUUACCACAUUGGAGUUAUGAGAAGAGUUCCAUUGCCGCAGCUUCCUUCCUAAUAGUUGUUUUCGCUGCCGCAAUGACUUUUCUUGCGACUGUUUAUUUCAGAAAGAUACGGAGACACUGCAUUCGUCGCAGACGGAAGCGGCGGGAGGAUUCUUCUGCUAUUCCUCUGGUGGAUAAAGGAGCACUAUCAUCAGAUAGAGAAGCUGGAACAUUUACCGGGGUGUACCCGCCACCUGUCUCAUUUGUCGCUGAAAACUCGGAUGAUGGAAAUUUAGCGACUCUAGAGUACCAAGGAGAUGAUGUUGUCCCCUUCGAGGGAACCUUCGAGGGAAUUGGGAAAGUGGAAAUUGAGACACGCAUUUCGGCUGAUGAAAGCAAUGCCACCGAGACGAACAUGGCUGUCUCAGAGCAAAGAACUGCUCCUGAAAGGAAUGAUUUUCACCGUGCAUCAAUCGAUUUGGGAAGUGCUCAUACGUUCGCUCAGCACCAUGCCGACCAGGUCGGGGAGAGUCAGCCCAGCAUAGGCAGGUCAUCAGAUGCAGCCGAGUUUCCAGCGCUUGGUCUGUUAGAAUGGGUAAAUUCGGCUUUCCCAAAGACUAAUUAA